CCCUAAACCCCAAAUUUCCCAAAAAUCCCCGAAUCCCUAAUUCACGGCUAAAAGUUGGUUUUGCUGAAAGACGAAGCAGAGAAUCUCCCUCUGGAGACCUCAGCCGCCCGAAGUGGUCUUCGACGGCGAUUGUCGAUUAUUGUUUUCUUUUUGAAUUUUUUUAUUGAAUGGAAAGCGAACAAGUUACAGAGACAUCUCCUUCUUAUGAGAAGAUGUACCAGAUUUUCUCAGAUUUCAUGACAAGGAUCACUAAAUUUGAGGAGCUAGUGGACAUGGGAAACAGAUUUCUUGUGGGCUUUCAACAAGGACUUGACUUUCUUCGGCGACCACCAAUUGACACGACUUCAGAAUUGGUUGCGAACAUUAUAAAAGCUAAUGAAACUAGAAGGCUUUCAUCUUAUAUUCAAGCAGGAUGUGUAAACAUGCAUGAUAGAAAACAAUGUUUGGGCAAGUUGAGUACCUGCCAUCAUGGACUCUUGGACCAUUUAAUUGGAGCUAAAAGUGUAGUGAAUGAACUCCAGUGCCUUCUGGAUGAUGCAGCAACAGCUGUCCAGAAUUCCAAUGAGAAUUUGCAGGAUAAAGACUUUCAUGGUGACGUGGAUUCAAAUACAGAUAUAAGUACCAAAGAGGACUUCUUACCCGCCCAUGUUCGUAAACCUGAAAUUACUGAUUAUGCUGCCUUAAUGGCUGUUGUAUAUGGUAUGGUCAAACAAGACUACGAGAUGCAGGAAAGGAUUGUUUCCUCUCUUAGUUUGAAGUCAUCAUCGGGUGAAAUGGAGAGUUAUUGCCUCAUGUGGUCUCUCCGGCCCUUUAUAGACGAUGAAAUCAUACAUAAAGCCUGGAGAUUGAUUCGAUGACUGCUUCUCUGUUCUUUACCAGCUCAUUAAGGAGAGCUGAUCUUUUACACCCCAGAAUUGGUUCUGCAAUUCUACUGGGAUAACAUGCAUGCACGUGUAAAAUGCAUAGCAACAUUUUAGUGACAGAAUGUCAAAAUAAUUGCUUCCAGAGAUCGAGUGAGUAAAGUUGUUGUGAGGAAGAGGUGUAUUGUAAACAGUAGUAUUACUAGCAGUGAUCUUUGAUCUUUGAACGUAUAUUUGAGUUUGACAUAUCAAACUUGGAUGCUGUGGAGUAAUGAAUUCUGUUCCGUUCCCUA